AUGUCAUUAAAUCGUGAAAAUAAACAUUAUGAUUAUUUAGUAAUUGGUGGUGGUAGUGGUGGAUUAGCUUCAGCAAAACGUGUUGGUUUGUAUGGUGCUAAAGUUGGAUUGAUCGAAUCAAGUGGUCGACUUGGUGGUACUUGUGUUAAUGUAGGAUGUGUACCAAAGAAAGUUAUGUUUAACACAGCGAGUGUCUCGGAAACGCUUGAAGAUGCGUCUCAUUACGGAUUUAAUAUAAAAGAAAUUUCAAAGUUUGAUUGGCCAUCCAUAAAACAUAAACGUGACGAGUACAUAAAACGACUUAACAAAAUUUACGAAAAUAAUAUGAAAAAGGCAAAUGUUGAAUUGAUCGAGGGUCACGCAAGUUUUGUUAGUAAAAAUGUCGUAAAAGUUAAGCAAGAAAACGGCGAAUGCGAAACUAUUCAUGCUGAUCACAUUUUAAUUGCUACAGGUGGUCGUCCAAUCAUUCCAAAUAUUCCUGGCAAUGAACUCGCAAUUGACAGUGAUGGUUUUUUUGCUCUCAAAGAACAACCAAAAUCCGUAGCUGUUAUUGGUACUGGGUAUAUUGGUGUCGAAUUGGCAGGAAUUUUUAAUACCUUGGGGACAAAAACAACUCUUUUCAGCCGUUCAGGCGAAAUUCUUCGUAGUUUCGAUCCAAUUAUCAAAAAAGUUUUAUAUAACGAUCUUCAAAAAGAAGGAAUAAGAAUCUUAACAAAUGCCAAAGUUUGUAGCCUUUCACGUCACUGUGAAUCUGAUCCAAUAACAGUAGAGUUUAGCUCGAAUGAAACUCAAGAUAAAAAAGAACAAUUUGACGUGGUUUUAUACGCAGUUGGUAGAAGACCAAACAGUGACGGUUUGAAUUUGGAAGAAAUUGGUGUGAAAUUGAAUAGUCAUGGAUAUAUUAUGGUCGAUGAAUUUCAAAAUACUGAUGCUGAAAAUGUUUAUGCACUUGGAGAUGUUUGUGGUGUUGCUCAAUUAACUCCUGUUGCAAUUGCAGCUGGACGUCGUUUGGCAGAUCGUUUAUUUGGUCCUUCACAAUUCAAAAAUUCAAAACUUGAUUAUGAAAAUAUUCCAACAAUUGUAUUUCAUGGUACUUGUGGAACUGUCGGAUUGACUGAACCACAAGCAAAACAGAAAUAUGGCGAAGAAAAUAUUAAAUUACAAGGAUUUGCUGUAGCAGUUAAAAUGGGUGCAACAAAAGCAGAUUUUGAUAAUACAGUUGCAUUGCAUCCUACAGCAGCCGAAGAAUUGGUUAGAAAUGGUUACUUUAAACAGGCUCUUAAUAUUAAUAACAGUGAUGGUGGUAAAGCAAAGAAAAGUCGUUCUGUAAGUGAUGCAGAGAGAAGACGUCGCCGUCAACAAAGGAUUUUAGGAGAGGCAGGAAAUAGAUUAUCAAAAAUUAAUUAUACACAUACCUCACUAGGCGGAGAGGCUGCUGGUAGUGGUGGUGGUCAUUCAACGCGAACUACACCUCGGACCAGUAGAAGAUCUUCUCCUCUACCUAGUGGAAGAUCCUCACCAACCAAAGAAGAUGUAUUUGAUAGUCCUUUUUCACGUUCUAGAAGAAAUACUGGUAAUUUUGAAGGGGGCGGUGUUAGUGAUAGUAAUAAUUAUUUUAACACUUUACAAUCAACACUAUCAUCAUCACCAGAUAAUAUUAAUUUAUCAUCAUUUUCUACAGACAAUAAUAAUUCAUCACCAGCACCACAUAUAAGAGUUAGUGAGGAUAAUACAGAAUCAGAGUUUUCCGCAAUUUCAAAACGAUUAAAUUCCGUUUUAGAAAGUGAAGAACAAUUAGCGUAUGAUAAUCAGGAAAAUAAUGAAUUUUAUAAAAGCAUGAUAGGAAAUAGUAUAUAUCAAGGAAAAAAUAGUAGUACUGCAUCAUUAGAAUCAUCAUUUGGUGGUGGCGGUAGUGGUUGGACUAGAUUUUAUUAUUUAAAUUAUGAAAAACCUGGCGAAAUAUUAGACAUACAUCAAAUUCCAAGUAUGCCAUUAUUUUGGUAUUUUAUAACAGCUGAAUUAAUAUUGCAAUCCACAAGAUUAUUAUUACAAAGGGAUCAACCAUUACAAGGUUCGACAUUAGGAAAUUUAGCAGCCAAUUUACCUGAACCAUUUCCAGACAUAAUUAAAAUCCUAUUAAAGCAUAGAUUAAUAUGGAAUAGUUUAUGGGAAGAUAUUUGUGUAUUAAUAUUUAUUGUAGGACUUGUAAUAGCUAUUUCUCCUAUAUUGUCAUAUUUUGAUUAA